GCAACGUUCCCCACUGAAGCACCUUUGCUUGAGCUGGUACACGGCUGCAUAAAGGCAUUACCAACAGCACAGCUGCGAGCGUGUUGGUCCCCUUUCCAAUCAUUGUUUGCUGAUGCUCCACUUGCAAUUUGCUCACCACCACGUGCAGUAUUUCUUCUGUAUAUAAAUCUGUGCGACUAUGUGGCGAUGUGCUGGUGCGUCUCUUAUAUCGUUGAAGAUAAGACGAUGUCCCGAGCUGUGCAAGAUGCGGUUCAAAGGCUGACGGAAGCUGUAAAUGCUAUCGUUGGUUGGCAGCUGGAAACAACUACGUGGUUGAAAAGGACGCUCGUUGUCAAACACGAUCAAGACUGGGAGAUUUGUGCUGUCUUUUGUCGUGCACCAGCUUUCAUUAUUGAUAUGACGAAUCUCGGGAUAUGCUAUUUUGGAGGGUCCUGUUCACAAGAUGCUAGUCCCUCAGUGGAAACGAGCACGCCGCUGAAUACUCCACUGCCUUCAUUGAACCCAUCAGAGCAAAACUCCAUGCGUGGUUCGACGCUUUCGCUGAUGACACGACCUUCUUCGUUGGAUACCGGUAGCAAUAUUGCUUCCCUCACUGAGAAGAAGAGCAGUUCCAAACUUACGACAGCAACAACAACAAAAGAGAUCCAGCUCCAUAGCACGCAGGCACUUUUUAUACUGGCAGAGAAUUUGGCCGAAUUAGUAGAUUCCGUGUGCAAGAGUGACGAUAAAGAGCGCUUGUUACCUACGCUGCAUGCCGUAUGGGGGAAUGUGGUUCCCUAUUUGAAAGCAAAGAAUGCUCGCAAUUCUCGGUUUUUCCUUGCAUCUUCGCAACUUUUGGCUUCGAUGAGCUCCUUCAGUUAUAUGCGUCCUGUUUGGAAGAAGACCACGCUAGAGUUGUUACUUGAUUCAUAUCAUCUUAUGACGCAUGAUAAGACCUCAUUCAAGGACUUGCUGAAAAGCAUAGCCUACACACCGAAUGCGUCGUUCAGCAUCAUGACAUCAAAAGAGCAGGAGUACGAAGCGAGAGCUCAGGCGGUGAAGAGAUUGGCAUUUGUUGUUAUGGGAUCUGAGUUGGAUCAUGAUUGGACGUCUCGCUCCGCUGGUCUUGCGCAGAUCAUGUGCUUUCGACAAAUGUGUUACUUUGUCGAUUUCGAAGUCCUAAGCGCUGAAGCAUGCCAAUUCGCAGUACUGCUGAAGGAUUUUGUUUAUUGCUUUCAGAGCGUUUGUCAGAAAAUCUUCGAGUCUCACAGUCACCAUCAAUACGGUCGGCAGUGUUUCUAUGUAUUCGAGUACUUCUGUUACGUUUGCGGCCACCCAGUCUGGUCGGAUAUGGCCCAUUAUCUCACUGAAUUGGUCCAUGUUCUUUUACAAAUGGAGCAACAGCUGUGCGCAGAGGGAAAUGGUAUAGAGGAUCUUGGCUGUGCUAGAGAUGACGCUUGGAUGCAGCUCUAUUUGGCCGCUUGUAAAAUGCUUGAGACACUGUGUACCCUGCCUGCCGGAUAUUUUGCACAGUUCCAAAUGUGCCAUUGGGCUUUCGUGAAUUCGUUCGGCAAACUUACACCGGAGGAAUUGGAGCACCUGUCGCCGUCGCUAUGUGGAAUGAAGAUGUUAACAAGUUUUGAAGAACUGCGACCAUUCUUUUAUGCGCUCGCCACGCAAAGCAAAGCAUUGCCAGGAAUUCAUCAGAAUUCUGGGAACGAAUCGUCAUUUCUCACCGGAUCACUUUCAUACAAAAACGCUGUAAAUCGUUUGGAAGCACUCUGUGUGGAUUUCGCUGAACAUUGGCAGCUUUAG